CACCUCUGCCCGGCGCGCGGGCUGCGGGCACCUGGGGGCGGGCUGUGGGGCGCCGGCAGGGGCUGCAGGCGCGGGAGCCGGGGCUGCGGCACGGGUCCCGCGGAGGCUGCGGAAGGGAGAGGGGCAGGCACGGUGGGCCUGGCCCCUCCUCCUCCUCCUGUGCGGCCGCCUCCUGCCGGGCUCGGCGGGCACCCGUCUUUCCCGCAGCGCCGCUCUGCUCCCAGUGCCCCGAGAGUCCACGCGCGUGGCUGGCAGGGGCCUCCGUGGGCGAGCGGGCGCCCGGGACCAUGGUGGUGGCCCCCUGAUGGGCCGCGGCCGCCUCCAUGAAGCGGAAGAGCGAGAGGCAGCUGAGCUGGGCCACCGCGCCCCCCUGCUCCAGGCGCAGCUCGUCGUCCUCCCUGGGAGUGAAGAAGAGCCGCAGCUCCGCGUCGCAGGAACAGCGUCACCUGGACCAGCAGGACGACCUGUACCUGAACAUCUCCGAUCGCCUUUGUUUUGCCAUUCUCUGCAGCAGACCAAAGAGUUCAUCAAAUGUACAUUAUUUCACCAUAGAUAAUGAACUUGAAUAUGAGAACUUCUACGCAGAUUUUGGACCGCUCAAUCUGGCAAUGGUUUACAGAUAUUGUUGCAAGAUAAAUAAGAAAUUAAAGUCCAUCACAAUGAUAAGGAAGAAAAUUGUUCAUUUUACUGGCUCUGAUCAGAGAAAACAAGCAAAUGCUGCUUUCCUUAUUGGAUGCUACAUGGUUAUAUAUUUGGGGAGAACUCCAGAAGAAGCAUAUUCAAUAUUAAUGUUCGGCGAUACAUCCUACAUUCCUUUCAGAGACGCUGCCUAUGGGAGCUGCAAUUUCUUCAUUACCCUUCUGGACUGUUUUCACGCGGUGAAGAAGGCAAUGCAGUAUGGCUUCUUUAAUUUCAACUCAUUCAGACUUGAUGAAUAUGAACACUAUGAAAAAGCUGAAAAUGGAGAUUUAAAUUGGAUAAUACCAGGCCGAUUUAUUGCCUUCUGUGGACCUCAUUCAAGAACCAGACUUGAAAGUGGUUACUACCAACAUUCUCCUGAGGCUUACAUUCCCUAUUUUAAGAAUCACAACGUUACUACCAUUAUCCGUCUGAAUAAAAGGAUGUAUAAUGCCAAACAAUUUACGAAUGCUGGUUUCGAUCACUAUGAUCUUUUCUUUGCGGAUGGCAGCACUCCUACUGAUGCGAUCGUCAAAGAAUUUCUGGAUAUUUGUGAAAGUGCCGAGGGUGCCAUUGCAGUACAUUGUAAAGCUGGCCUUGGACGAACGGGCACCCUGAUAGCCUGCUACAUCAUGAAGCAUUACAGGAUGACCGCGGCCGAGGCCAUCGCCUGGAUCCGAAUCUGCAGGCCUGGCUCCGUGAUUGGGCCGCAGCAACAGUUCUUGGUGACGAAACAGUCAAGUCUCUGGUUGGAAGGAGACUAUUUCCGUCGGAAGUUAAGGGGUCAGGAGAAUGGCAGACACAAAGCCGCUGUCUCAAAGCUCCUCUUGGCUGUGGAUGACAUUUCACUCCAUGGGGUCGAGAAACACAAGCAAGAACCUGACCUGUACAGCGAUGACGACGAAAGCUACAGCGUGACGCAAGGAGAUAGACUCCGGGCCCUGAAAAGCAGAAGACAGUCAAAAACGAGUGCUGUGCCCCUCACAGUAAUUCUUCAGUCCAGUGUUCAGAGCUGUAAAACAUCUGAACCUAGCGUUUCUGGCAGUGCAGGCAUUGCUAAGAGAGCCACCAGAUCUGCUUCAAGGAAAAGCAGUUUUAAAAGUCCCUCCAUUUCGAGGACUAAGACAGUGUUGCGUUAAGUAAAAACCUGUGACCAGAACUGAAGGAAGACUGGGAACAGCAUACAUCAGGACUUGGCACAAUUUAUUUGGAAACUAAACAAAAUUGCAAACGCCUUAGCUGCUUUCCACCUAAGAAGCUUGUUCAGCGAAGACACUGUCCCCUGGAGUUUAAAUAACUGCACGGGCUGGGGCACCGGUGGGACUCGAAGACGAUCCGCUCUCCUUUGUGGACGCGUCCCGCGGGGAGCAGCUGCUGUGCACUUAGUCUCAGGGGCAAACGCCGGAGCCGGAGGGGAGCUGGCGCUCCGGCGUGUGUCCCUGUGAUGGCAGCACCAGCUGCUGGCCUCGGGCAGGUCUGACCGGGGCCUUUCGCCCAUUGAUUUUCUGUUCGCCCUGCGCCCGGAUGUACAGAGGUGGGACAGGCCUGGCCGAAACGGUCCUCGGAUCUGAUUCUGUUUGGUGUGAUCCUCUUCCCUGGAAUGCUUGUCAAAUGUGUAACGUUACCUGGUGAGCCCCGAGCUGCUCGGUUCCACCAAAGAGUGCUUUAUCCUGGAGACCGCGAAAGCGCGUGUGCGGCUGCCGCGUGCGACCACGUGGGCGCUGCGACCUCCCCUGCAGGGCGCCUCGGCAGCAGCUGCAGACUCAGGGGGGAAGCUGGCCUCAGUUGGAGGACGUUGAGUCAUGCCUUUGAUGGUAUUUAGGGGCUGAAGAAUUCCAAGGCUGCCCGCUAUUUGGUUCCCUCGUCCUGCCUUCGGGCAUGAAAACCCACGUCAGUGUUUCUCCUUGGAAUGGGGUCCCAAAUGCUGGGCUUUACAAACUGACUGUUUAUGAGGGUCUUUGUCUGUAGCGGAUGGACUUGUUUGUUGCAGGAUCGGCCAAGGCCCUGCCCACACCCUUCGAUUUCAGCACCAGGUGUUCACAUCUGGAUUUCAGUUUGUACUGAGACGCUCACUGUGGCCUUCAGUUAGGGAUCAACUCUUUGCAGAGUGCCUUCUCUCCCCACCCCUGCAGCAGCACAGCGGAGUCUGAUGUAAAGCAAUCACACACACACACAAAAAGCCCAGUUUAUUUGCUGCUAAAAUAUAAAUAUGGCCCAAAAUAAGAGAAUAUUUUUCAAAAUAUUUUGAAGUGAAUGGUUUUCGUUACUGUUAGCCAAUGCUGGCCCGCCCUAGCUCGGGGAAUGGGGAGAUACAGUAUUGAAAGGCAGAAUGCCUUCACAUGCAAGAUGAAUGAGUCAGGUCGGUAGGCAGCGCCAUUCUUUAAGCUGCCUGUUAAACAGAACUAUGAGGACUAAGAGGUAGUUGGUAGAAAGAGAGUAAAGUCUGCGAUUGCAGAAGUAACCAGAAGGCGUGGCUCCAUUUGGCAUUUCCUCAGAGUCAGUGGGGGAUGGACCAGCUUUGAGGGGAUGUGGACGAUGCCGUGGUUUUGGCCACACAAGCAGUUCUUCCCCGUUAGGCGCUU